AACUUUUACUGUAACCUAACAAAUGUCAGAAAAAUUUAGAAUUUAUGGGGGCAUGCGCAAGAUAUUGCUUAGUAUGGAAACAAGCUACAUAGGAAAAAUCAAUACUAGUGGAAUACUAUAUUCUGAGAUGGACUCAAGUCAUCAGAUCAGCGUCCCACUUCGCACAGGAGGCAAAAAAAUACGAAAGCGGCGGGAACUUGACGCUCUUAUUGCUCAUUCCUUCGGGAAAAAAAGGUCCAUUCGGCGAACUAUGUUAAACAUUAACUCACAGGAAAAAUUACUAUCUGCGUCCACCGAUGAUGCAGACGAUUAUACUUGCGUACAUAUGAACAGACCAAAAAAUACUCAUAGCAUCUGCACAAACCGUUGUCACAAUCGUAAAUAUUUGAUUUGCAAACCUUUGCUAGUGCUCAUUGCAAUUGCAGUAAUAAUAGGACUACUUUACUGGAUGCACUUGGAUCUACGGCAGGAGAUGUUUGUUUAUAGGAAAAAAAUUGAAGAAGUUGUCGUAAUGAACAAAGAUUUACCCGAUAUUCUUCAGAAAUGGCAUGAAGUAUUCACUUUACUGAGUAAAAAUCAAACUACAAUCAAUAUCCGGUUGAAUGAAAUAGAACGUACAACAGAAAAACUACGAUUGAAUUUGACCAAAUAUAAAAGUAAUCUAGAAGGUCAACAAAAUUUUGCUAAAGAAGAAAAAAUAAUAGCCGCAUUUGGAGCAAAAAUCGAAGCAGCAAUAACUGAUAUGGAAAGUUUUAAGGAUUAUUAUUCUGGAGUAAUUAAUAAGCAAAUAGAGAUGCAAACGGUCUUAAAUGACCUUAGUGCAAGAACUUUGAAUUUGAACGAAUCAUCAAUAAAAUUUUCUAAACAAAUUUCUGCUAUAAAAUUGUACCUGCGGAAUGACUUCACCCGAGUUAAAGAUUUAUGGCUUGAAUUAAGUCAAAAUCUCUCCCUUAAAUGGACUGCGCUUCAUCAAAACAUUCAACGCAAUGAGUAUUAUAUCUGUUGGGGCUAUCAUAAAAUCUAAGUAAGCUUACUCGAUAGCAGAGUAUGAUAAGCUUUUAUAUCCGCUUAUUGUGAAAGUUUUAAAGAAGAAAAUUAAAGUAGAUUUUACCUAAAAGUUAGACAGAGGUUUGUUCACCUAACGGUUGUUGCAAUCGUGUUAUACAAGUAUAUGUACAUGCAUCCCCGCUUAACGUUAUACGUCCCUUUAAGCAGACCUAAAUGCGAAACAGCGCUAAACGAGGCCCAUGGAGUUAAGGGAAGAUGGAUUGAAAAUUGGUUAGGAAUUAAAUAAAUAAAAGUAAAUAAAUAAAACCAAACAAUUAUUUCUUAUAAAAAAAAGCAAUAUAAACGAAUAUAACAAAUAAAAUUCAAUUGUAUAUAUUUCCUUAAGAAGGCAUCUAAUGUAGGUUGCGUUUUCCUUUUGCGUUUUGUUAGAAGCUGUUGAUAAGUGGAUAAACAUCUAUAACAGCCCGUCUUUCUUUUUAACUCCUGUCAGAAUUUGGAUAAUUUUCAACAAAUUGGUUCAUAUUUUCAGUUAUAGUAGUCAAACUGCUUUUAUCAUUAUCAUUUAUCAUCAUUACGAAGACUAGCUGCUGUUUCUUGAACUAUUUCUUCGAUAUCUUCAACAUUUACCUCAUCUAAUUCGGUUUGUUUUUCUAAUUCCACUAUUUCAUCCAUAUUCAUCCCUAUCGACAGAGUUUCCUAUGUUUCUUCGCUCUUACUUAAAUCUGGCCAUAUGUUCUUCCAUAAUCCGUUCAAAGAUCUCUCUAUUGUCUCAUUCCAAGAAAGUUUUAUGUUUUCUGCAGUAUUCAUGAUAUUGUAGGUUUUCCAAACUUCUCGUAUUGAUUGCUUCUCUUCUCCGCCUAUUUUUUCAAACAUCUUAGUCCAAUGGUUGGAUUUGUGCUAACAAUUCAUGAAGCUAUCAAUGAUUUUGUAAAAUUGGCUCUAUUUUAUUUUUAAAUCUUUAUUUCCAUUUUAUAAUACAAAAUCAGAAAACAUAAAACACACAGAUCGAUAUUUUUAUAAUGUUAGUUUUGUUUUGAAAAAUAAAGGUACAUUGAAGUAAGCAGACCAAAUAUCAAAAACAC